AGCUCGCGGCUGGCAUGGCUGGGCUGGAGGAGCCGGGGAACGGCGGGCAGGGGCGCGCGGCCCGGAGUCGGGGCUCCGGCGGCGUGAAGACAGCGGUGUCGCGCGAGCUCCUGCGCGCGGGCUGCGCAGGCGCCGGCGGGAUUCAGGACACGCUGCUCCUCAGUUCCAAAGGCAAGAGCCCGGGCUUGAAGACAGUCCGAGUGGAGAGGAGCAGCCUUUUAGAAAGAGUGAAGGACUUCCUACCUCACAUUGAACAGGCAAACAAAAAACUGAGAGGGGAAAUUGCGUCGGGGCCUCCAGGCCUGUUCAAUAUUGAAAACGUAGAUGGCUCCCUGAAAAAAAUCAUAGAAAUGGCUGUGGCAGUGGUGGAGGUGAGCAGCUCUGAUCCCGAAGAACUCAGUUCAGGAGAGAGUUCUGACUCCGAUGAUGAGAACAGUGUGACUGGAGAGGUCACUGUAGAGAAUAUUAAGCUUCCUACACCGGGAGGAAGAAGGGGAAAGAUAGAAGUUUUGGACACUUGAACUACCUAACGAAUGAAGCCGCCCAUCUCAGGCCCCACGACCGCCUGCUUGUGUGCCCAGCGCAACACUCAGGU